AUGCCCCAGGCGAAAGUAGUAGCAGAGUCGCGCUCGACUAUCUCCGAGACUUGUCAGAGCUGCGCGACCUCCAAGGUCCGAUGCAUUCGAGAUCCGGAAACCCCACAAACGUGUCAGCGGAUUGAGGCUCUGGAGUCAAAAGUCCGCGAACUAACCGCCGCCCAGACUGCUAGCGGAGAUGUGCCAAGUCAAGUUUUCGCUUGUGCAGCAAACAAGCUGAGCACUAGUACUGCUACGGGGCUUGAUGUGAUUGAUCAAGGGCUGCUGGGUUUACAGACAGCCGCCGACUAUUUGCAGGCCUUCAAGAGCGAUCUUGUUACCAAUUUCCCCUUCGUGGUCGUGCCUCCUCAAACCUCGGCGCCUCAGCUUCGAAUAGAGAAGCCAUUCCUCUUUUUGGCUAUCCUUGCAUCAGCAUCGUACAAGAAUCUGUCCCUCCAGCGGUCGCUAGGGGCGGAGCUCCGAAAAGUCGUUGCAUUGCGGAUGAUCAUGGGCGGCGAAAGUUCUUUUGACUUGCUGCAAGGGCUCCUUGUCUACUUGGCCUGUCUCAUCAUCGAACUGCGGUUAGAUCGUCCGCCAACGACUAUAUCACAUAAAACUCCAUUGCGUUUUGAACCCAAGUUCGACUUCAAUAACCGGUCACUCAACCGACCGGCCUGGGGCAACGAUGAAAAGCGGGCAGUCGCCGGAUGUUACUACUUGUCAUCGACGUGA